AUGAGUCGAAGAAUGGGUGAAGGUGCAUAUGGUCCUGCUGCUGGGCCAAGCAGGGUUGGAGCUAGAGAGGCGAGUGGGGGAGUGGGGGCAGGGGGGGCAGGGGAGGGACGAGGGGGAGGGGUCGGGGAGCAAGGGGGAGCAAGAUUGGGGAGAGGAAGUGGGCUGGGAGGAGCCGGGGCAGCAGGUUUGGAUGAGAGCAAGAAGAGGAAGCUGGGAGGGGGCAGUGGCAUGGCAGGUGGCAGUGGUGUGCCUGAGAGGGGUGGGACAGGUGGCAGUAGCACACAUGUGAGGGUGAAGGAAGAACCUGGGGAGCAUGUGGGAGCAGUAGUGGGGGUAGAGAGACAUGAUAGGACAGGCAGGGAGCAUGGCGAGAGGAGACACGAGGGACUGGAGCGUGAGCGAUCAGGGCUAGGAGUGGAGCGACGGGGAGCAGGGCAUGCAAAUCGGGGAGAAGAGCGGCCAGAUAGCGGACUAAGAAGAGGCGGGGAAAGACACGAUAAUGCAGGAACUGGCGCAGGAGUGGAGAGGAGGGAUAGCAGGGUAGGGGUCAGUGGCGGCGCGAUGGCGGAGAAUGAGUGGCUAUCGGGUUAUUUGGACGCGAUUCUAGAGCGCGGAGGCGCGCCGAUGGACACUGACAAGAAGGAACGGCUGGAUCUAUCGGAGAUCAAGGGUCAGAGCGGCACAGCCGUCCGAUACUUUGUGAAUGAGAUCAAGGAUUCGAGCGAGGAGGAAUUGCAUCGCACGUGGAUGAAGCCAGUAUUCUUUUAUGCCCCCCAAUCAUCUCCCUUUUACACCAGCCAGUAUCCCAAACCCCCCCACCUCCAAACCUUCCCAAAUUCUCCCCCAACAAUGCCCGAAAUCUAUAACGAUCUCUGCCUUCCAUGGCGCUUCUUGCCUCAGUUGGAGCAGGAAGCUUCGCGGAUAGAGGAGGAGCAGCAGCAGCACGACAAGGAGGAGGCUGAGCUGGACAUAGAGGAGGAAGAGGACACCCCCGACUCCACCCUCCCGGACUCCCUCUCUCUGCUUCAUGAGGACAGAGCCAACACCGAUUCGUAUUCCCCUCACUCUCUCCAAGAACAUGUCCUUCUCAAAUUCCUUUUCCUCCGGGACCUUCUGCCGCCCGUGCAGUUGGAGCAGGAAGCGUCGCGGAUCAAGGAGCAGCAGCAGCACGACAAGGAGGAGGCUGAGCUAGACAUAGAGGAGGAGGACGGCCCUGAUGACGACGCCCUCCCGGACGCUUUAUCCGGUGCUGACGUGGCUGCUGACGUGGACAAGGCCGGGGAUGACCUGCUGGAUUCCAGUGCCAACGUGGCAGCAGCUCAGGCUGCGGCAGCAAAGGCUGCAGCGGAGAAGGAGUCCCGGGGGAGGAGGGAGAACCAGCAGCAGGGGGAGAGGCAGAGGGAGGUGCCUGCUGGUGCAGGGUUGACUGCUGAGGCGCCUGGGAGGGACCCGCUUGAGCAUGGCACGGAGAAGAGGCUCUAUAUUGUCAUGAUCAGCAUCCAUGGGUUGGUGCGUGGAGAGAACAUGGAGCUGGGCCGAGACUCGGACACGGGCGGCCAGGUGAAAUACGUGGUGGAGAUCGCGAGAGCCCUGGCGUCCAUGCCUCAAGUGUACCGUGUGGAUCUGCUCACACGCCAGAUCGUUGCUCCUGGGGUCGAUUGGUCGUACGGAGAACCCUCAGAGAUGCUGAGCUCUCUCCGCUAUGACCCGGACGGGCUGAUAGCGGGGGAGAGCGUGGGCGCGUACAUUAUCCGCCUGCCGUGCGGGCCACGAGACCAGUACCUGCGCAAGGAGGCGCUGUGGCCGUACGUGGACGAGUUUGUGGACGGGGCUCUCACGCACAUCAUGCAUAUGUCCAGGGAGCUGGCGGAUCAGAUCGGGGAUGGACAGCGCGUGUGGCCGUAUAUGAUCCACGGGCACUAUGCCGAUGCUGGGGACAUAGCAGCACUGCUCUCAGGUGCACUGAACGUGCCCAUGGUGUUAACAGGCCACUCUCUGGGCCGAAACAAGCUGGAGCAGCUGCUGAAGCAGGGCCGCAUGAGCCGCGCCGAGAUCAACACGCAGUACGCCAUCGACCGGCGCAUCGAAGCGGAGGAAUUUUCUCUCGACGCAGCAGAGCUGGUGGUGACGAGCACGCGGCAGGAGGUGGAGGAGCAGUGGGGGCUGUACGAUGGCUUUGAUGUGCGCCUGGAGAGGGUGCUGCGCGCCCGGCAGCUCCGAGGGGUCAGCUGCCACGGCCGCUUCAUGCCGCGCAUGGCGGUCAUCCCCCCAGGAAUGGAUUUCUCCAAUGUGGUCGUCCCAGACAUCGACGGCUCUGAUUCGCCCGGGCCUGAGCCUCCCAUCUGGGCCGAGGUGCGCAAGUUCUGGUCCAACCCGCACAAGCCCAUCAUCCUCGCCCUGGCUCGUCCCGACCCCAAGAAGAAUCUCACCACGCUUGUGCGCGCCUUUGGGGAGAGCCAGGCUUUAAGGGACCUCGCCAACCUGUGCCUGGUGAUGGGCAAUCGAGACGACAUUGACGCCAUGAGUGCGGGCAACGCUGAGGUGCUGACGACAGUGCUGAAGCUGAUAGACAAGUACGACCUGUACGGGCAGGUGGCCUACCCCAAGCACCACAAGCAGGCUGAAGUGCCCGACAUAUACGCCCUCGCUGCCAAGUCCAAGGGCGUGUUUGUGAACCCAGCGCUAGUGGAGCCAUUCGGCCUCACGCUCAUCGAGGCAGCAGCGCACGGCCUCCCCAUGGUGGCUACAAAGAACGGAGGCCCAGUUGACAUCCAGAAGAUGCUGAGCAACGGGCUGGUGGUGGACCCUCACGAUGCCAAUGCACUUUCAUCCGCGUUGCUACAGCUGGUGGCGGACAGGGCGCUGUGGACAGAUUGCCGCAAGUCAGCUCUGGCCAACAUUCACAAGUACUCCUGGCCGCAGCACUGCGCCUCUCUGUUAACCCGAGUGGCCCAGUCGCGUCUGCGCCACCCAGUGUGGAGGGCAGCAGCACUCUUCGAUCAGGUCGCAGCCGCCACCUCCUCCACCCACCCCUCCACCGGCCUGCACUCCGAAUCCCUCCGGGACAUUCAAGACCUCUCCCUGCGCCUCUCCUUCGACGGCAAGUUCUGGGGCGGAGGGUCCUUCCAAGGAGGCUCUAUGGAUCUCUCUUUCAUGCUCGAUAACCUCGGGGUUAUCCGGCCCGACGGCCGGUCCGCUAGUGGUUACGCGGCUGAGCCUUCUCAUGCUGCUGCUGGUGGUUUUGGUGGUUCUGGUGGUCUUGGUGGGGGGGAGGGGCUGGGAGAAGGAGCAGCGUUGGGGAUUCACAACAGGCUGGGGAAUUACUCGUUUACUGGGGGUAUGGGGUCAGAGAGUGUUGGGCGGUACCGAGAAGGGGUGGGCGGGUCGGGGCGGCUGCAGGGGAUGCAGGAGGAAGGGGAGGACGGAGGAGCAGGAGGAGCAGGAGCAGGGGAGAAAGGGUCAGCAGCAGGAGCAGCAGCAGCAGCGGCUUUCGAGGGACUCCGGCUGAGAAGGAGGCGGCGGCUGAUCGUGGUUGCUGUGGAUGAAUAUGAUCCUGUUGGGCGGCCGGGUUCGUCUGUUCUGGACUCUCUGUGCGCCGCCCUGGAGGUGGCAUACCGGCACAACACGGGAACGUUAAGGGAGCGCGUUGUAUGGGGUAUGGGGCCGGGCGGGGAGAUUGGUGUGGUGCUGGCGACAGCACUGACAGCCAGAGAGACGGUGGCAAUGCUGACAGCAGCAGGAGUGGGGCUGAGGCAGCUUGAUGCGUUGAUAGCAGGGGGAGGGAGCGAGGUGUACUACUCUGUACCGUGCUCCACUGCAUCGGAACUUGGAGCAGCAGCAGCUGGGGGAACAGGAGCGGGAGCAGGAGCGGGAGAGGCGGCAGGAAUGGCAGCAGGUCUGGUAUCAGCCAUGGCUCCUCUGGAGGAUCGGGAAGGCUGGCAGUUGCUUCCCGAUCCGGACUACUUCGCGCAUAUUGAAUACCGGUGGAGCGCUGACGGUGUACGCCGGUCCAUGGGACGAAUCCUGGCGCACGCUAUAAAGGGUACAGCAUCGGGUGGGGCUGCCAGUGCUGCCACCCCUCCUGUGGCAGGCUGUGGCGGUGUUUUCCCUCCUCCUGCCGCUGCUCUCUCUGCUGCUGCUGCUGCUGCUGGGAAUGGUGCUGCAGCUGCUGUCGGUAACGGGGCUGCUACUAACGAGGAGGAGUAUGUCCGCUCAAUCUCCUUCUCAGACGGGCUGACAGCAAUCGCCUCUGAGCCUGCAGCUCCCUCCACCCGCUCAGGCAUCCCUGGGAGCAAGAGCGUGACUGGCAGCAGGAUCGGGGGCGCAGGGGCUGGAUCGAGAGGGGCGAGGGGGAAUGGGUUGCUGCUGCAGCAGCAGCAGCUGCUGGCGGUGCAGCGCGUGUGUGUGGAGGAUGAGAUGAGGACCACGUCCCGGCGGCUGGCGUAUCGAGUGCUGGAUGUUGCUCAGAUGCCAACAGCAGCUGAGCUGCGGCGCCGCCUGCGCCUACGUGGCUUGAGGUGCCACGUGGGCUACUGUCGUGCUGCCACGUGUCUGCACAUCCUGCCUCUCCAUGCCUCUCGCUCACAAGCUCUCAGGUACCUUUGUGUCCGUUGGGGAUUGGAGCCUGCUGACCUGGCAGUCGUCGUCGGCAGUCCAGCUGGCGCUGACGGCGACUACGCACAGCUGCUCUCCGGCAUGCACCACACGCUCAUUCUGGAGCCUCCCCCUGCUGACGUGGCACAGCACCAAGGAGCAGCAGCAGCAGCAGCAGCAGGGAUGGAUCCGUUUGCAGAGUACAGAAGGAAGCUGCUGCAUGAGUUUGUGCCACGCAGUGACGUGCAUCUGCCCAACCUGGUCAAUGUGGAGGAUUCGUCGAGCGACAAAGUCGGCGCUCUCGCUGGAGCGCUGGAGAAGAUUGGGUUUGCAUGA